UUGCGCGGAAGUCACCUCACAUCUUACAGACGCGCUGCUUUCACUUCCACUCACUUCAUCUGGGGACGAAUCUCAAGAGCUGUGUCGGGUUGCUGGUGAGAACAUCUCAUUAAUUCAUCUGCUGUGGAGGUUUAUACAGAUAUGAAAGAUGAGAGGGAACUUACUUGGAUUGCUUUUUCUUUUGAAAUAUUGCAUUUGCGGUGAUGUGCGGAACUUUGGUGGAGACAUCAGGGACUUUGUAGUUGGUAACAGUAAAUUGUUUGUUCUUACUGACAGUCAACUACAUCAGAUGACAAAGAAUCUAUCUCUGGAAAAGACUAAGGAUUUAAAUGGCAAGCAUCCAAACACAGUUACACUUCUGGUGCCUUUUGAGGCGAACGGCACCCUGAUUACAUGCGCAACAUCUAACGGUGGAUACUGUGAAGUUCUUGAUCUCAAUGAUAUUACAAACAGCAUUUACAAAGAAAAUUUAUCUACUGUACCACAACCGAAUGAGAAAUCCGUAGCAUUCAUAGUGGAUAGCAGCCUUAAUAACAGCCCUAAUGGUGCUUACCUGUUGAUUGGGAGGAAGGACGAUCAUCCUAAAAACCAUACUGUUAUCGCCUUGUUGAGCACUUUACAUUCUCAACCAGGCUCUAUUUUCUCUGCAUCAGACGACGGAUCAACUCCCUUCAUUCGUACAGAAAGAUACGUAGAGUUUAUAGACGGGUUUCAGAUCAGUUUGCUCAAACUCUCGUACCUGUUUCUCAACGCAAAGACUGAGUCCGGUUUGCAAGCGUUUGCCCUCAGGCUCAACAACGCCAAAGGACACAAGAAAGACAUUCUGAAGAGCAUAACUGGAACAAUGUUAAAAUGCUGUAAUGAUAAAUCUCGUCCUGUCCUCAUCGCAUCAGCUCUUAUUCCUUCAGAUAAAGCUGUGAUCUGGACAGGUGUCUUCAGUGCGCAAAAUGAUCCAGAGGACACCGCACUCGCUGUUUACAACCUCAGUAAUGUUGAUGGUAAAGUUAAAGAUUUCUGCUUCACCGGUGAGACACAGUGUGAUACACAGACAUACCGGUAUACUAAUCAUACGCCAGUAGCAGUAGUUUUCAAAUACAAGUCAAUGAGUUCAGUAGCAGCAUUUAGGAGUGAAUCCUGGAUUGAGCUCUUCAUUGGAACCAAAGAUGGACAACUGAUAAAGCUUGUGUUGGAUGAGAGUUUCAGUCCAGGCUGUCCCACAGUGCUGUACAGAUCUGAUGAUGAUCAAAAAGUGCUUCCCAGGAUGCAUUUAGAUUCCAAACAUAUCUACAUAGCUCUGAAAAACCAGAUUAGAAGAGUGCCUGUGGUUCAGUGUGCUAAACACAAAACUCUUAAAGACUGCAGAGGAGCUCUGGAUCCUUUCUGUGGAUGGUGCUCAAGUUCACUCAAAUGUUCUACCCAGGAUGAAUGCUCAAACUCUUCAUGGAUAUCCCUUCCAAAAGGAUCUGUUCAGAAACAGCUUUUUUCAUUUCAGGUGGCAGAGAAAUCCAUCAGAGAGAUUACUCUACAUCUGACUUUGAGUCUGAAGAGCACACAAAAUCCUGCCGUCUUCUCAUGUGCAUUCACCAGAGGAGGUGUGAACCUUUGUGAUGGAUCUGAUCCUGCUGUAGUUUUUCCAAACUGCUCCUGUAGCUUUUCAGAGCAGCAGCUGUCAACUAAAGGUUUGGAGAUCUCAGCUACAGUUACUGUUGAUGCCCAGAAGAUCACAGAGAUCCUGAUGCUGAAGAACUGCUCCACUAUUACAGAUAAUUCAACAAAGGCUUCUUAUACACAGUGUGUGCAGUGCGUCUCAGCUGGAUGUCAUUGGUCAUCUUCUGUCAAGCGUUGUGACUGGACACAUGGACCUGAGCCACAGUUAAAUAAACAGGAUGUAUGUAAAGAUUUGCCCUCUCAAACCGACAAACCAGAGAUUCUCUCGAUAGAGCCGAACAGAGUUUCUUUCCAUGGCAAAAACAAUGUUUCACUAACAGGAAGGAACCUGGAAUCUGUCACCAAAAUUCGUAUUCAAGGGGAUCUGGACUGCUUUCCAAAAGACUCUCCUGUGUUUAAUCGUUCGAGUGACAGUCUAAAGUUCCACGUUCCUCCCAGUGAAACUAAAGGAACACUAAAAGUAUGUGCUGUUACUGAGGAUGAUCGUUGUCAUGGUAACAGCAUCAUCACUUACAGUUCCCAACCCAUCUGCACAGAAAUAAAACCCAAUGUCACCUGGAAAAGUGGUGGAAGGAAGAUUUAUGUGCAGGGGAACAAUUUGGAGUUUGUGGAAUCAAUCAUUGUCAAUAAUGAGCUUAAAGCAAACUACAACCCAAGCUCAAAGGGCGUGUGGUUUCUCAUGCACCCUUAUGAUGGCAGUGAUCCGAUAAAGUUGAAGUUAAAAGUUGGAAACGUCACUUUAGACUGUGCUUAUCUGACCCAACAGCCUGAUCCAGAGUUCAUUGGAUUCAAAGCCACACAGGUGUCCAACACUCUAACUGUGACCAUUGAGAAAAAGCCAGAUAAUUUGAGCCUGAGUAUAGAUGAGGUAAAUGUUACUGGUCUAAAGGGAGAAAAGGAACAUAAGUGUGAUUUGACGUUGAUAACACACGAUGUCAUUGGAUGUGAAAUUACACAAAUCCUCAACACUGUGGACUCUCUUAAUAUAAGUGUUGGGAAUGUUUUAAAAACUGUUUAUAUGUCUGACGAUCAUACAAAAUACUUAUACAUUCUGGUCGCAUUGAUUCUGCUCAUCAUUUUGGGUGCUCUUGUUGGAGUUGUUGUCUAUCGUAAAAACCAGAACCAAAUGCAUGAGAAGAUGAACAAGGAACUGGAAAACAUGGAGAUGAACAUUAGAAGAGAUAUAAGACAAGGCUUUGUUGAUCUGCAAACCGAAAAAUCUGACUUGAUCGAAAACGUUGGAGCAAUACCUUUUUUGGAUUUCAAACACUUUGCCUCAAAAAUAUUUUUUCCCGAGGCUGGUUCUCUAGCAGGAUUAAUGAUCAAAGACAUCGGGCAGGAAUCGGAGCAAACCACGGUCGAUGAGAAAUGUCAGGCUUUUGCCACGCUGAUCAGAAAUAAACAGUUUCUCACUUGUUUUGUGCACGCGUUAGAGGAACAAAAAGACUUCAGCAUUAAAGACAAAUGUACAGUGGCAUCUUUGUUGACUCUGGCGCUUCAUGGAGAUCUCAUUUAUCUCACGGAGAUAAUGGAGGACCUUCUGCAGAGUCUGAUGGACCAGACCAGCAAUGCCAAUCCGAAACUUCUGUUGCGCCGCACAGAAUCCAUCGUGGAGAAACUCCUCACCAACUGGAUGUCGAUCUGUCUGUACGGCUUUCUCAGGGAAUCAGUAGGACAGCCUCUCUUUCUGUUGGUGUCAGCUCUGAUUCAGCAGAUAUCAAAAGGGCCUGUCGACUCUGUUACAGAGAAAGCUCUGUACACACUCAAUGAGGACUGGCUUCUCUGUCAAGCACAAGACUUUGAGGCCCUGAAACUAAAGGUGCUUUUUGCUGUGGGAAAUGAAGGAGAGGUCAGUGAAAUCCUAGAGGUCAACGCGCUGACCUGUGACACGAUACACCAGGUCAAGGAGAAAAUCUUACAGACCUUCCAGCGCAAGUUUGGUUUCCAGUACACGCAGAACAUCAGAGACAUUGAAAUCGAGUAUGAAAAGAAGACAGGAAAUUUUAUCAUGCUGCAGGAAGUCGAUGAGACCUCAGAAGUUCGAGAACAUUUUACUAUGUUAAACACUCUUAAACAUUAUGAGGUGACAGAUGGAGCGUGCAUUAAAGUCCUAACAAAUAGAUUUCAUGCAUCUCUGAGGUCUCAGAGCAGUGUGAAAGAUGACAAGGACUUCUGUAUCAAGUACUUCCACCUGGUUGAUCCAGACAUCUACAAAGACCAAAGCAAGCAUCCUGAGAAAAAAGAAGUGAAAUUUAAAGAAGUUUACCUCACGAAGCUCCUGUCCACCAAGGUAGCGAUCCAUUCCUUUGUGGAGAGCCUUUUUAGGAGUAUCUGGGGAUUGCCGAAUAACAGAGCUCCAUUAGCUGUCAAAUACUUCUUUGACUUCCUGGAUGCACAAGCAGACAGAAAAAAGAUCUCAGAUCCAGAUGUGCUUCACAUCUGGAAGACAAACAGCCUCCCACUUCGGUUCUGGGUGAACAUUCUGAAAAACCCUGACUUUGUGUUCAGCGAUAUGGAAAAGACGCCACAUCUGGACAGCUGCCUGUCCGUCAUUGCUCAGGCCUUUAUGGACUCGUUUUCCCUUGCCGAGCAACCCCUUGGCAAGUAUUCACCAACCAAUAAGCUGCUCUAUGCAAAAGACAUCCCUCAGUACAAACAGGAAGUGAAGGCGUACUACAUGUUCGUGAAGGAUCAACCACUUAUCAGUAGCCAAGAGUUCAACAUGUUUCUUCAGGAAGAGUCAAGGAAACACGGAAAUGAGUUUAAUGAAUCUGCUGCCCUGCGUGAACUCUACAAAUACAUGCUCCGCUAUUUCAAAGAGAUUUAUCAAAAGCUGGAGCAGAUGGAUGCCCCACACAGGUUAAAAGAGGAUAUGCACAAGGUGAAAGAUCUUUUUGACAGCAUGAAGAGAAGCGCUUGGAACUGAAGGAAAUGCUGAGGUUGCAAUGCAGAUUUUGAUGUGGGUAUACUGUAUGUGCGCCUACAGACUUUAAAGAUUUAACACUGCAUUUCACAGAGACUGCUUAGAGACUGUCAUCAUCACAAAACAAUUCAGCCAUAAAAUACAGAUGGUUUCAUUUCUGUCUUUCUAAAACUGUGUAUGGACCAAGUGAAUGUAAUUUAUGAUGAUAAGUCUUAGGAUUUAAGUGGUCUGAGCUGAGCUGUCUAUACAGUGUAUGUCAAGGUGAACUAUGAUCUGAAUUGACCUUGAACUGUCUACUGUAAAUUUCACUUUAUAAAUCAUUUAUUUUAUUACUAUGCAAUUUCCUGUAAUGCAUUAAUCAUAACGUCAUUUUACUGUAUUCCUUUUUAUAACAUUUUUUGACGUUUUCAAUAUUUUUAAAUUAUCAUGACAACUAUGUAUUAUACUAAUAAAUCUGUAUGGUUUUAUAUAAAUAAA